AUGACUGCACAUGUGUAUCAACUACAAGGGUGGGUGCUGGGAUUGAAGCUUUCAAUUAACACUGCAGGCACCACACCUGUUGGUGUUCAGCUGGAGCAGCGUUCUAGUCAUCCUACUAAUAGAAGAGCCAAAGAGGAAGGCAAUGCUGUGCCUCUUUGUCAAGACAAACCCUGCCUCAGCGUUAUUAAUCUUCAAGCAAGUUCCCCACCAGCUACUUUCCUGAAAAUCCCCACAACAAAGCUGGCCUCUGGAAUUGACCACAAGCCCAAGGAAUACCUAGGACUCCUAAAAUGUAUGUAUGCCAAUCUCCAGCUUCAGACCCAGCUUGCCCAACCGCAGAUGGCUAUUUUGGAAAAUUUACAAGCAUCCAUGACACAACUGUCUCCUGGGAGAGAAAGCAAGAACUCUUCUCUCCCAGCCUUAUCUCGUAAUCUGUUGUUAAAUCACCUCUCCAAUUCAGUAAAUGAAUUGUGA